AUGCAGGCCCCACCACGACUACAUCGCAUACUUCUGCGUCUACAGGCUUACGAUAUAGAAAUACGCUCCAAGCCUGGUAAAGAGAUGGUCGUUGCGGAUGCACUCUCCCGACUCUCCCCAGUGGAAAAGCAUGAGAUACCAGAGAUGAAAGUCCAUAUACACCAUGUCGUGAGCGUGACACCAACAAAGUUGGAGCUGAUAAGGCAAGAGACAGCCACAGACAUGACCCUCCAGCUGCUGAAACAACAAGUCACAGACGGCUGGCCUGACAGCAUCAAGAAAAUACAAUGCUCCAUCAGACCAUACUGGUCAGUCCGAGAUGACGUAGCCAUAGAAGACGGCACAGUCCUGGUUGGCAGUAGAAUCGUGAUUCCAAAUUCUCUGCGACAGAACAUACUACAACAGAUCCACAGCGGUCACCAGGGCAUCGACAAGUGCAAGCUGCGUGCAAAAUCUUGUGUCUACUGGCCAGGUAUAUACAAAGACAUUGACAAUAUGGUGACAAAUUGCCAUGCAUGCCAGAAAUACCAGCGUUCUCAGCAGCGUGAACCAAUGAUCAGUAUGGAAGUUCCACCACGUCCAUGGCACACCCUUGGAGCUGACCUCUUCCACCACGACAAGGUCUGGUACCUGAUCAUCGCGGAUUAUUACUCCAAAUUUUCGUUUAUCCGCAAACUUGACAAUCUCACUGCAAGCACCAUCACAAGAGUUUCACGUGUGCUCUUUGCCGAACAAGGCAUCCCAGAGGUUAUCGUAUGUGACAAUGGCACGCAGUUCACCUCUUCCCAAUUCCGAGCCCUAGCACAGCAGUACGGUUUUCGGAUCCAAACUUCUUCACCCUACUACCCCAGAGGUCAUGGAUUCAUUGAAAGACAUAUCCAAACAGUGAAGAGAAUCCUCACCAAAUGCCGAGAGUCGGGGGACGAUCCCAACUUAGCCCUCCUAACUCUCCGUGCAACUCCACUCAAGUCAAACCUUGCAUCCCCUGCUGAGCUACUGAACAGAAGAAAGUACAAGACGACACUACCUUCAGUACAUCACCCCCACCAGAUCGUGACGAUGUGCGAGAUAUACUGCAGGCAGACCAGUCUUCGCAAACGCAAUACUACAACAGACGCUCUACCAGUACCCCUAUCCAAGAACUCCUCAACGAUCAACCCAUCUACAUCCAAAAUCCGAUUAACAAAACCUGGAGCCAAGGUAGAGUUAUGA